AUGCCACUACGCCUGCUUCUCUACGCCUACCUCGGCCUCGCCCUCGCCGCCAGCGCGACGGCGCAUCCCGACAACUCGUCGCUGCAAUGGGGCCCAUUCCGGCCGAACCUCUACUUCGGCGUGCGCCCGCGCAUCCAUCUGCGGCACACGUGCGAGCAGAGUGACGCCAUGGCCGGCUACGGCUGGACCGCCUACGAUCCGCGCAUCGGCGGCUCGCAGACGGUGCACGACCAAGGUAACGGCCUGGACCUGACUACCAACUUUGUCAAGGACGGCGCUAGCUGGGCCCUGCGUGUCCGCGGUACGCCUCGUUCGCAUGUCGAUAAUGACAACCUGGGUACCGCGGUAAUCUUUUACCUUGCUGUCGACGCUGCUGGUGUUGUGUGCGCCCGUCCGCCCGAUGCGCCUGUCGUCGACUGCCGCGCCGAUGUCCCCGGCCUGGGUCCGUUCAAGCUGCACAUCCGCGAUGCAGUUUCCAAGAACGAGAAGACCACUCUCCAUGGCUUGCACGUUGCUGUAGACAAGCUCUGGCAGGCAAAGACCAUUUUCUUCGAUAAAGUCAAUGCCAUGAAUGCCUCCGACACAUUGCCGGGAACACACAAUCGUGAAGAGGGAAACAUGCAGUUUGUGCAGAAGGUUUUCAGUGGUGCCUUCGAGUUUGAUAUCGUCUUCUCUCCGGAAGCAUAUCCGGACCCUAUGCCGUCUGCCAGCAUCACACACGCCCUCGCCGCUGUUGAUGCUUCCAUCUCGUCUCGUUUUGACGCUGCCUUCUCCCCGCAACCGCCCUUCGAUCGCGAAGACUACGUCAAUUGCUCCAAGUCCCUGCUGUCCAAUCUCCUGGGCGGAAUCGGCUAUUUCUACGGCGAUGCCGUGGUUGACAACUCCCACGCCCCUGAAUACGACGAGCUGGAUCUGGAUUUCUGGCAAAAGGCAGCCGAAGCCCGCGCCAGGGCAACCCCGCAGAACAUGGGGCCUUACGAACUCUUUAGUCUCGUCCCAUCUAGGCCCUUCUUUCCCCGAGGCUUCCUAUGGGACGAGGGCUUCCACCUCCUUCUCGUCCUAGACUGGGACGCCGACCUUGCCAUGGAAAUCGUGCGGAGCUGGCUCUCCCUGAUGGACGACGAUGGGUGGAUCGCGAGAGAGCAAAUCCUGGGCUCGGAGGUACGCAGCAAAGUACCCCCCGAGUUCCAAGUCCAGUACCCGCACCACGCGAAUCCCCCCACCCUCUUUCUAGUCGUAGCCGCAUUCGUAGACAAGCUCACCGAGAGGUCGCCCUACUCAGGCGCCCCCUCGCUCUACCUCGCCCAUCCGCCUGAGGCCCAGCAGCUCCUCGACGAACUUUACCCGCUGCUCAAGCGCCACUACCACUGGUUCCGCAAGACCCAAGCCGGCGACCUGACGUCCCACACCCGCCCCAACUCCGCCCCUGACGAGGCAUACCGCUGGAAAGGCCGAACCCCUCAACACAUACUCACGAGCGGCCUCGACGACUAUCCCCGCGCGCAGCCGCCCCACCCCAGCGAGCUCCACCUGGACGCCCUCUGCUGGGUCGGUUCCAUGGCCGGCGCUCUGCAGACGAUCGCCGAGCACAUGGGCGAAGACGCCGACGCCCGCGUCUUCGGCACCCACCGCCAACGCGUCCAGCAGAACAUUGACAGCCUGCACUGGUCCGCAGCCCGCAAUACCUACUGCGACGCCACCAUCAAGGACGGCGCUCACUCGCUCGUCUGCCACGACGGCUACGUCUCGCUCUUCCCCUUCCUCCUCGGCCUGCUCGGCACCACCCACGCACACCUCCCCGCCGUCCUCGACCUCAUCGCCGACGACGCGAGGCUGUGGAGCCCCCACGGCAUCCGCAGCCUCAGCCGCCAGGACCCCUUCUACGGCACCGACGAGAACUACUGGCGCGGCCCUGUCUGGAUCAACAUCAACUACCUCGUCGUCGCGCGCCUGCUCGACCUCGCCCAAUCCCCCAGCAGCCCGCACCAGCACCGCGCCCGGGCCAUGUACCGCGCUCUCCGCCGCAACGUCGUCGACACGGUUUUCAACUCGUGGCGCGACACCGGCUUCGCGUGGGAGCAGUACCAUCCCGACACCGGCGCCGGCCAGCGCACGCAGCACUUCACCGGCUGGACCGCCCUGGUGGUCAAGAUCAUGGCGUUGCCAGACCUCGCGGAACAGAAGCAGCCGCUACGGCCGCCGCGGCCGAUUGUGGCGCCCGGAGGGGGUUGGGGAUGGGGGGUGAGUUGGGUGGUUUGGUUGGUGGGGUUAGCGCUGGUGGUGGGCGUGUUUGGGAGGGAGGUGGGGAGGGGGGUCAGGUUGGUGAGGGCGAGAUUGCUGUAA